AUGCUGCUUCAACAUAUUCUUACCAUAACUUGCACCAUCAUGGGGCCAACGUUCUCGGCGCCCAUGGAAAGAUCGGCUGCAAAAGCCACAACAGAAGAAGUCAAUCUACGAGACUCGCGCGCCGGAGCUGAUGAUCAAAUGAUGUUUCCUGACAUCGCACCAAGUCGUGCAUCAACCCGUAAAGAAAACGUUCAUGACGACCUCUGCGGCGACCAAGCGGAUCAAAACCCACAGAUGCUCACCACAGCUGCACAAGCCGCAAAGCAGGAGGCAAAUCAAGGACUGUGGCGGGUCGAGACGGUACAAACCCGUGCAUCCGCCAGUCAACCAGCCGUUGAUCGUGAAGAACUCGUCGACGACACCACGUCAAAACCAAUUAGAUCGGGCGAUCAUCCGGAUCACCAAGAUUUGAUAGACUCGCAAUCCUCUGGCACUGUGUUAAAGGAAGCAAAAUGCCCUAAGUAUGCCACUGCGAGUGAGAUCGCCAUAGUGGAACGGACAAUGCAGCGAGUGCGCCUUCGGGGCUUCAUUGCAUUAUACUUUACUGCUCUCAUGAGCGCUGCCGCGGUGGUCCUGAACAUCCCCUUUGAGCUCGACCAUCCAGCCCUAGCCCGAACAGAAGGAAUUUCAAAUCAAGCUUGCAAAUAA